CAAUGACUGGCUUUUUUUCUUUAAAGCAAACGAGUUAAUUCAAAUUCCUGGUUUUCUUUAAAAAAGAAAAAAAUAACCCCAAAACUCUGUGCUUGUACGGUGGCCGAGAAGGUUCGAGGGUGGCGGAAGUACCCGAGUGGGUGUGCGCGAAAAGCCGGAGGCAGAGGCACACGUGGCGACGGUGAGUGGCCACAGAAGCGGGAGGAUCUGAAAGUGCUGGAUGCUGAGCCCAGCUGCGGGAGAGAGGGAGGAAGGAAGGAAAUACAGAGUGAAGACCUUGAUGUCUGCUGGGGGAGAAGGUAGUAACCCAGGGGCGGCGAGGCUGGCGUGCAUUCUGUCGACCGGCGCUCUCAAGGCCAUUGGGAAGUAACACUUCACUUUUCAGGUGUUGAAGAGAAUGUCUUUUCGAGGUGGAGGUCGGGGAGGUUUUAAUCGAGGUGGCGGAGGCGGAGGCUUCAACCGCGGCGGCAGCAGCAACAACCACUUUCGAGGUGGAGGAGGAGGCAAUUUCAGAGGCGGCGGCGGCAGGGGAGGAUUUGGACGAGGGGGUGGCCGCGGAGGAUUUAACAAAGGCCAAGACCAGGGACCUCCAGAACGUGUAGUCUUAUUAGGAGAAUUCCUGCACCCCUGUGAAGAUGACAUAGUUUGUAAAUGUACCACAGAUGAAAAUAAGGUGCCUUAUUUUAAUGCUCCUGUUUAUUUAGAAAACAAAGAACAAAUUGGAAAAGUGGAUGAAAUAUUUGGGCAACUUAGAGAUUUUUAUUUUUCAGUUAAAUUGUCAGAAAACAUGAAGGCAUCAUCCUUUAAAAAACUACAGAAGUUUUAUAUAGACCCAUUUAAGCUACUGCCACUGCAGAGGUUUCUACCUCGACCUCCAGGUGAGAAAGGACCUCCAAGAGGUGGUGGCAGGGGAGGUCGAGGAGGAGGAAGAGGAGCAGGUGGCAGAGGUGGUGGUCGAGGUGGUGGCUUUAGAGGUGGAAGAGGAGGUGGGGGCUUCAGAGGCGGAAGAGGGGGUGGUGGUUUCAGAGGGAGAGGACAUUAAGUAUAACAGUCGACAGACUUCUCACCGGUUGGCUUCUGCAUUAACCUGCGUGAUCUCCUUCUGUAGAAUUGAAAACUUGCUUCUAAGCAAGUCUUGGAAGAUCUGAUCAUUUUAGGACAGUGGAGCUAAAAUGUCAGUGUCAUGAAGAAAUGAGCGCAACAGUGAAUUUUGCUCUAAAAGAGCAUGAAUAAGUCUUAAUGUUUUGUACAGUGGCUGGCACUCUGUGGGUGCAUAAAUGAGCAGUUUUCAUUUUCAUUUGAAUUUUUAAAAUAAAAUGUUUUAUUCCUUUA